AGAGCCAACCACAGUGAGAGAGCCAGACUGCUCAGUGAGAGAGCCACAGUGCUCAGUCGACAGUUCCGUUUCCUACAUGCUGUGACUGCUCACACACGGGGGCUGGACUACUGUACGUGAGUAGAGCAGUGAUUGGACCAGGGCUCUGCCAGUGAGUGAACAAAUCCCCUCUGGCUUCCUCUCCUCCUUUCCUGAUGCAGCGUGGGAGGAGAGGGAGGGGAGUUGAUCUGUCUUCUCUCAGCCACUGAGCCUCUCUCAGCCUGCCUCAGCUCGCCACCUGCCCUUGAGUUACUGUGGAUAGACGAGACAGAGAGGAAGUCGUUCUGUAGUCUGGCUCUUCUAAACCAUAUCUCUGCUGUGUUUUUAUCCCUGGGUUGUUUAGAUUUUUUCCCUCUCUGCUCUGGGGCUGUAGUGGAGUGGGGUGGAGUGGAGCGUUUGUCCCUGGCUAGCGGAGCUCCGAUGGGAGGCAGUGCUGCCUCUGGCUGGGACUGGGGAUGCUGAACGGGGGAAGGGAGGGCCUGUUUCAGCUGGGACAGCAGCUCCAGCAGCAGGGGGAGUACCAGGCCGCCCUCCACUGCUUCCUCAGCUCUCUGCUGGGGUUGAGGCACGUGCAGAGCUUCACCUCGCUGCCCAACUGCCUGCACCAGGUGAGCCAACGACCUGAUGGCCAGACGAUCACUCACUCUCACACCCAUAUGUAUACAUGCAGGAACAAACAUGCACACGCAUACUGUAGACAGAUGUUUGCACACACAAAUGUCCAUUCUACAGGCACAUGCACACAGUUGUGGUGUACAUAAACAUGAGCACAGACACAAAACCCAUUCACCACAAUACUGAUACCAUACCUACAGUACUGACACUGUGUAUGCCUGUUACUCAUACAUUAGCAUAUAAUAUACACACACAAGCCACACACUACACAUACCAAUACAACCUUGCCAUCACCAAUACCAAUGUCAAACAUCAUGUUGCCACUCACAGCACAGGAUCAGCAUGUUUCCUGUUGACAGUGCAUGUUGCAUGGUGAUGAGAGGGAGUCUGUCUGUCUCAGUAAUAUGCCAUAUUGCAAACCUGUGAAUAUGUUAGCUACUGUACCUCAAUAUGAGUGGUGGAAGUGGUCCAUGUAUAGUGCAUAACAUAAUACAGUAUGUCAGUAGCCUAUUACCAGAAACUCUACUGUAUCUGAUGGAUGCAAAUAGCCUCAGAUUACUGGGAGUCAUUUCAUGUGCAUGCCUGUCUCCCAGGACAGAAUAUUGUUGUUUUGAUCCUGUUUUGUUGGACCAGAUUACAUACCUAAGGCCCCUGGAUAACAAUAUGUAUCAAGUGACCUACGGAAAAUGUCUUAAAUGUACAAACAUAGCCCCUUACCCAAUAUCCCAGGAAUGUGGCAUGAUGUUGAACAGACCAACGGCGAGAAAGAGAGAGAGAGAGAGAGAGAGAGAGAGAGAGAGAGAGGGUGGAGUUGUUCAUUCCCCUCCACAAUACAGUAGCUUAUACGAUAAUAGUGGAAUGUGAAUGAUCAUACAUGGUAAUAUGAGUAGAAUGCAGACAGUCAAUUCAUUUUGUAGCAUAUUCAUAUCACACAAUCCUAAUAUGUGUUCUCCUUUGUGAUUACAGAUAGCUGAACUCUUCAUCUCCGAAAAUAAUUGUAUCCUUUACACACAAACAGAGGCCUUGUGAGACCAAACCCCUAUCCCUUAUCUGACCCCACUUCCAGAGAACUAUUAGUACUAUCUUUGCAUGAAACCUGUGACUAUGCUAGGGUGGCAAAGAUUGUUUCCUUUUUUGGUGGCAGUGGCCUGCGGGCAUGGUGAAUUCCAGUACAAAAUGUAAUUUGGCUGUACAGAGAAAGCUCUGUAGAAAGAGGGAAUUUGUGUCCAUGGGACAGAAUAUAAUCACAGCUUUGUCCCGAAAAUGCUCAAGGUUUUGAAUGGGGCUCAAGCCUUUAUCUUAAGAGGAUUUGUAAGUGAUUAUCUCCCCAUAACACAGAGUAUGAGAAAGCUAAUGAACCUGUAUUCUGCAGUGGCUGUGUGUGUCACCACCACCACCACCAUUAUCCACUACAGGCCAGAGCAGUAUAGGGCUCAGAUAAGAGGGGUGUAGUGUUGCAGGAUAUAUAACCUCUUCCCAUUGCACUCUUCUCUGUUACUGAGACAUUGAAACACUUUUCACGCCAGCUCAAGUUAUCUGCCUCAGCAAGACCCAGCUCUUCACAACCCAUCUCCCAAUAUAGGUUGAUUUACUGGGCUCACUUCAUCAAUAGAUAUCCAUAGUCUCCUCAUCUUCUCAGAAGUCAUUUAGUUAAGAGGCUCAUCGGUCAUGAGAGGGUUAAUUAAGUCUUUGGACAUGAAACAGACACAUAGCAUCAUGAAUAAUUAUGGAAGAAUGGUGUCAUGUCAUGUUAAUAGUAACAUAUAAGCUUUAUAGGCACAGGUCAUUACCACCAUAAUGAUUUGAAGUAGAUAGUUUUAAACUAUUCACAAAGUAAUUUGAGUUUUUAUCAUGGAACUUGUUACGUGGAACUCAUACAGUUGUAUGAUCCAGACAUGUAUUUUUGUCAACACAGAGAUUAGGCCAGAACAAUGGGAUACAUGACAGAGUCUGAUUGUCCCAGUUAAAGUCACUGCCCAUUGGGCAAAAUCAACAUUGUUUCCACGUCAUUUCAACCGAAAAAUUCAAUGUGAUGACGUUGAAUCAACGUAGAAAACUGAUUGGAUAUGAAAAAAGUCAUCAAUGUAAGGGAAUGUUGUAUUUCUUUCACCUAACUUUUAACCUAAAUCCAAUGACAUGGUGAAUUAUUUUGUUGAUUUCACAUUUACUUCACAUGAGUUACCAAAUGUAAGUCAAAACUAGACGUUGAACUGACAUCUGUGCCCAGUGGGUGGUCCCUGAGGACAGGUUAAAACAGGAUAUUUAUGUUACUGGGCAGAGCCAGAGUUGAACAGGCUAUUAAAGUGCUCUCUGGGUUGUAUUUGGGAAGGUUCCCUGGGGAGUGAGGGAGGUGAAGAGUCAGCCUAAUCUAACUGACUCUGAUGGGAACUCAUAGUUUCACACGCACAGACUAAAAAGCAUCAACUCUCAGCAUCAAAUGCCAUAAUAAUAACUCCCAGUUGCUGGAAUUCUUCUCAGAGCUGCCAGAAUUCAGAAGUGACCUCUGGCCUCUUGGCUCGCAUUUGUUUAUUGACAUUUCUUUCAUGGAAAGUGUAUUAAUCUAUCCAUUCAAUUUGUCUCUCAAAUUGCUCAAAUUGGGCCUCCUGUAGCUCAGUUGGUAGAGCAUGGCGCUUGCAACGCCAGGGUUGUGGGUUCGAUUCCCACGGGGGGGGCAGUAUGAAAAAUGUAUGCACUCACUAACUGUAAGUCGCUCUGGAUAAUAGCAUCUGCUAAAUGACUAAAAUGUAAAUUAGAGCAGUAAAUAAGCCAAUCAAACUGAACUAUCAGUCUCAACAUGUUUUCUGUUACAGUUUGAUGUUUGUAUAGACAUUAAUCAACACAAUCAAAAACAUUUAUAGUCUGUUUUGUGGUAUAGUGCUGACUGCAUGAGAAUAGUGUCACAAACCACAUAUGCUUCAGAGCGCUUCCUUUAGAAGGUCAUCUCAACCUUGACAUUCUCCACAUCACGUGUGCUGCAUGUGCUCUAAACUGAGUUCACCCUGCUGUUGAAAGGGGGUCUCUGUCUGCUUUAAUGGAACUUGUUGGAACAUGGUUCAAUCACCAACUGAGGGUGGAAGACUUAGUACCUUCUCAGUGUGGGUUCGCUGCAUUGUUGUUGUUGUCCUGCCAGGUUAUAAAUACCCCAGACCAGCAGAUGUAGUGCUUUGACCUCUGUGGUCUGCCUGUGAAGUAACCUUCUAUCCCAGAUGGUCCUCGUCAUACUCACCUCACUGUUGGCAGGCAGCAUGGGGCUUUCUAUGGUAGUGAUAUGGACUUAAUGGGCCUCUGAUCAUAGUGGAAUGAUCUCCAGAUUUCAAAACACAUUAGACAUUUCUCUUUGGGAUGAUUUUGUAAAAACAUUUUUGAGGCAUUAAGUGGUAUUGACAGUUUUUUCAUGAAAAAGCAUUUUGAUGGAUCGAGUGGGUACUGUUUAUAUGCCAGAAUAUCCGAAUGUAUCAGUUGUGAACGCCUCUCCAGCCAUCUUAUUGGCAUGUGAAAAGUGUUGUGUCUGUAAUGGCCAUCAAUACUGGUACCGGUACUCCCUGUAUAUAGCUCCAUUCUUAUGUAUUUUAUUCCGCAUUACUAUUUUUCUUUUUAUUAUAAUUUUUUUUUACUCGGUUAAGUCUACACCCAUUGUAUUUGGCACAUGUGACAAAUAAAAUGUGAUUUGAUUUGAACAGUCAACCCUGGAGUUAACCCACAACUGUAUGUCAGUAGCCCAAUAUCUCUACCUCAGCUGGCUAUUAUAUACUGUCAACAAAUAGGAAUGAGGCACAGUGCAGGAUAUGCAGGAUGCUUAGAAGAGAACCAUAGUAAAUAAAAUAAAAUAAAAAAAUGGAUGUCUACUGGAGUCAUAAAGUAUGCAUGGCACUGCAUACACUGUGUUUCCUUCUGGCUAGUGUAGUCUAUUAGGAGUGUGUGUUAAUGUGCUUCUCGUGUAUUUUACUAGUCAUAAAAGGUAGCCUCUUUCCUUUCACAUGGACAGUUAUGACAGGGUUUAUAGGCUACUGUCAUUUAAAGAUGCACUAUGCAGAAAUCGCUCCGCCAUUUCCUGGUUGCUAAAAUUCGAAUGGUUCGCCUAAUUUCAGUUUAUGUGACAAAACAAGCAAGUAUAGUGUAGAGAAUCAUUGUACCAUCUAAACCGCUGUGAAUGAUCAUUUCCAUAACCAAAAAUAUUGUAUUUUCAGCUGUUUGAAGCUGGUGUAUAAAACCAAAAGUAAAAGACACAAAAACGGAACUUAAGAACGGGAAGCAUGGAAAUAACGGACAUAGCCUUUAUUCACUGUAUAUAAUACAUACUUUUGUAAAGCUUUCAAACUGUGCUACUUUAACGGCAAUCAAUCGGUCACACACAAGCAUUCAGAAAUAGAACUAAGCAAAGUCUGGUCUCACAUGCUACAGAGAGUUCCUGCUUUUGAGAAGGCCAUUUACGCCAGGCUGUAUGUCAGUGUUUAUUUUAAGCACAUUUUCCUUGUCAAGCAAUGCUCUUUAAAUUCACCUGUAAAGUGUUAACGGUGUCAACAUACAAAAGGAUGCAUUUAUUUCAGUAUGAAGAAUGACUUUGACAAAGUGAACCAACUCGGCUCCUGAGUCUAUUUUUAGGGACACAUAUUUAUUGUCUUAGGGACAGAUCUAAAUUUAAUGGGUUGUCAAACUUUUUAUUUGUUGCUUUGGGGAGGGUAGUGUGUUUUUAUUUGGCCCAGGGGAGGGUAGUGCAUUUUCCCCCUGGUUUACAUUCGCUCUUCUGCUCGUAUUUUCACUAUAAACAAUGGCUGGACUUACUUUUGAUAUUGCCCUAAUAAAGUUUAGAAACAUUUGUGAAGGUUUGGUGUGGCUAUUAUUAAGCUUUAGCUAGUGCAGGCCUAUGAUACUGUAUGUCCCUGACUUUAUUGUGCAAUCCCGGUCACUUAAAAAAAUAUUUGUGUAUAAAUGUUUUUUUUAAACGGACAAAAAAAAUCAAUCAAUAAAUUAAUACAAACUGUGCAGUGGCCAAUUGAUGAAUGGAAAGCGACAUCUGUUACAAAACACCAAAAAGUUCAACAUUCGGAGAUUGUCAAGCCAAGCCUUCGAUACUGGGUAAACCUACAAGGUAGGGAGGGAUGUCUAUUUAUUGUGGUGUUGAAAACGCAAACCAUGAUAUUGAAGUGCCCGAAGUCGGUAUGCUUUGUUUAUUGGUUGUGUAGUGCAUUGGCACAGAAACCUGUCGGUGGACACCUUGAGUUGGAACAGCCCCUCCCCCCAGUAAAUUUUGAUCUGUCCAUUACGGAAUCAGGUACCCAAAAUAACUCUGGCACAUCAACAUUUACAAACAAAAGACUGCACUGGAAUGCCCAGAUUAUUAUAGUCCAGGCCUUCACAGAGACUAUGAUUUGAGCUGUCUGUUUAGAAUGUUGGUUAUGAGCCUGUUAAUUGCGGAGGUCACGUUCAGGAGCUAUAAAAAAACAACACAUUGCAGUUGAGCCUGGCAAGAACAAUGUUUCUGACUGCUACAACUGACUUAAUCCCUGUGACAACUGAGCCUGAUCCUUCACCUAUAUAAACAGACAGCAAGGCCCUGCAGUUCAUUCAGGCUGAGAAGAUGUUCUACGAGGUUGCUCUGAUCGAGCUCACUGCUGUUCAGGGGAGCACAGGCAAGUACAUUUGCAUCUAUAAAAAGGGGGCAUUAAGGAUGCAUCCACAAGUUCAGCUUCUCGCCAUCUAACAAACAUAUCAGAAGGCGUAAUAGUUGGUAGAGUUUAGGCAUGGACGGUAGUCAUAGAGCUGGGCCAGCACACCAGCCCCCAGUCAUGGACCAUUGUGCAGAAGUACAAGGAGUGACGAAGGAUGCCGCUGAAAUACUAUGAGGGUGGUUGAUGAAGCAAUUUGAUUCAGGUGAGUGAGGCGGGCUUGUGGCUAAUGAAGAUUGGAUGCAGGUGAGCAAAUUGGCAUGGUUACUGCUCUAUGUCCAUAUAUGGAGUAUCUUGCUGCACUGCAGCCUUCCAUUAUGGGUGUCUGGGCACAUAUAUGGAGUUCCUGCUACAGGGCCGCAUUCCAAUAUGAAUGUCGUUACCAAUGUAUGGAGUUCCUCAUUCCAAUAUGGAAGUCUGAGUCCAUAUAUGGAGUUCCUGCUCUAAGGCUGCGUUCCAAUGCAGAAGAACAAGCCCAUAUAUGGUAGUUCCUGUUGUGGAAUAGGCGUGUCAUCUGAAGCUUAAAGCUCUCCUCCCAAAACUGUGUUAUGAACUACACUUAGCACUCUAACUGGGUGAUUAGGGGGUGCACUAAUGAAAUGCCAUUGCUGUAAGCUACCAAUUGUGGUAUACAAUAUGGUAUGCAGUGUAUUUGUAGGACCUUUGUUAUUGUAAUAUACCAAUCUGAAAUGAUACCAGUGCAAUGUGCGAUUCUGUACAGUCGUGGUCAAAAGUUUUGAGAAUGAAACAAGUAUUGGUCUUCACAAAGUUUGCUGCUUCAGUGUUUUUAGAUAUUUUUGUCAGAUGUUACUAUGGUAUACUGAAGUAUAAUUACAAGCAUUCCAUAAGUGUCAAAGGCUUUUAUUGACAAUUACAUUAAGUUUAUGCAAAGAGUCAAUAUUUGCAGUGUUGACCCUUCUUUUUCAAGACCUCUGCAAUCCGCCCUGGCAUGCUGUCAAUUAACUUCUGGGCCACAUCCUGACUGAUGGCAGCCCAUUCUUGCAAAAUCAAUGCUUGGAGUUUGUCAGAAUUUGUGGGGUUUUGUCUGUCCACCUGCCUCUUGAGGAUUGACCACAAAUUCUCAAUGCGAUUAAGUGGUCCCGUGUAGCUCAGUUGGUAGAGUAUGGCGCUUGCAACGCCAGGGUUGUGGGUUCGAUUCCCAUAGGGGGCCAGUAUGAAAAAAAUAAAAAUGUAAGCACUCACUAACUGUACGUCGCUCUGGAUGAGUAAAAUGUCCAAAAAAAAUUAGGGUCUGGGGAGUUUCCUGGCCAUGGACCCAAAUUUCAAUGUUUUGUUCCCCGAGCCACUUAGUUAUCACUUUUGCCUAAUGGCAAGGUGCUCCAUCAUGCUGGAAAAGGCAUUGUUCGUCACCAAACUGUUCUUGGAUGGUUGGGAGAAGUUGCUCUCGGAGGAUGUGUUGGUACCAUUCUUUAUUCAUGGCUGUGUUCUUAGGCAAAAUUGUGAGUGAGCCCACUCCCUUGGCUGAGAAGCAACCCCACACAUGAAUGGUCUCAGGAUGCUUUUCUGUUGGCAUGACACAGGACUGAUGGUAGCACUCACCUUGUCUUCUCCGGACAAGCUUUUUUCCUGAUGACCCAAACAAUCGGAAAGGGGAUUCAUCACAGAAAAUGACUUUACCCCAGUCCUCAGCAGUCCAAUCCCUGUACCUUUAGAAUAUCAGUCUGUCCCUGAUGUUUUUCCUGGAGAGAAGUGGCUUCCUCACUGACCUUCUUGACACCAGGCCAUCCUCCAAAAGUCUUCACCUCACUGUGCGUGCAGAUGCACUCACACCUGCCUGCUGCCAUUCCUGAGCAAGCUCUGCACUGGUGGUGCCCCGAUCCCGCAGCUGAAUCAACUUUAGGAGACGGUCUUGGCGCUUGCUGGACUUUCUUGAGCGCCCUGAAUCCUUCUUCACAACAAUUGAACCUCUCUCCUUGAAGUUCUUGAUGUUCCGAUAAAUGGUUGAUUUAGGUGCACUCUUACUAGCAGCAAUAUCCUUGCCUGUGAAGCCCUUUUGGUGCAAAGCAAUGAUGACGGCACGUGUUUCCUUGCUGGUAACCAUGAUUAACAGAGGAAAAACAAUGAUUUCAAGCACCACCCUCCUUUUAAAGCUUCCAGUCUGUUAUUCUAACUCAAUCUGCAUGACAGAGUGAUCUCCAGCCUUGUCCUCGUCAACACUCUCACCUGUGUUAAUGAGAGAAUCACUGACAUGAUGUCAGCUGGUCGUUUUGUGGCAGGGCUGAAAUGCAGUGGAAAUGUCUUUUGGGGAUUAAGUUCAUUUUCAUGGAAAAGAGGGACUUUGCAAUCAUCUGAUCACUCUUCAUAACAUUCUGGAGGAUAUGCAAAUUGCCAUAAUAAAAACUGAGCCAGCAGACUUUGUGAAAAUUAAUAUUAACAUUCUCAAAACUUUUGACCACGACUGUACAAUAGAGAAACAAACCUCAGCCAGAGAGCCUGGUGUAUCCCUUACAACCCAACAGGGACCAUGUGAUUUGUUUAACCUAGGUCCAUCUUUAUUUGCUGUAAACAUGGUGCAGCUCUGAGACAUUUGAUUUGAUUUGAUUUGUUCACCGCAGAGGCCAGUCAUCUAUCACCUGCUGCCUCUCCUCUCCAGACAUCUGCCUUCAUCUCUGUCUCUCUCUCUCUCUUUCUCUCUCUCUGUCUGUUUGGAGGCUACUGAUUCAGCAGCAGCUCAGUGUCGCAUGGGCAGGAGGUAGCAAGAGUUAUGGGAUGGACAAGGAAGACAAAUGGCCAUGCUAGGCAUUAUCUCAUAAGGAGUUGUGUGGCGCCAUUGAAUACUGAGGCCCCUGAUUCAGCACUGUGCCAGCUGCUCUGCUUCUCUCUCCUGGGGCAAUGCUGGCAUCACAAUCACUCCACCAGCCUUUUCUCUCUCUUCAAUCUCCUGUUCAAAGCUCGUCCCGUUUCCACAUGAUCUCAUUUUGAUUACCUGACAGAUAUUGGACCUACCCUGUUUUCUAUGCUUUCUAUUCUUUUCCCACAUCCUGUUCAAAGUGUCUGUCCCCUUAUUGCCAUUUCUGAACUACUUUACUUUUCUGUUUACCUCUCUCCAACAUUAGGCUGGAAAAGCUUUUAUGGACGCUAAUCUCCACUCCCACCAGGGUCAGCUCAGGUGUUUGUGUCUGUGUGAACAGCUAGCUGUGCCACUGCUCUUGUGGGUGUGGUGCGUGUGCUGUUUGCACUCACAGUAUCCUCUCCCUUCCCUCUUCCCUCUGCUCUCUAUCUGACGUCUCCUGCUCACUAUCCUGUUGGUUCCACUGUACCCUGCUGUUCAGACUCCACUCUCAUCUCCACACUGCCAGCCCUGCCAGAGACCACAUCGCCAGCCUUUUUCUGAUUCUGUUUGCUUGCUGUGUAGAGAGACAGAGGGGGUUCAAGGGAUAUAAAGAGCGAGAGAAGGAUAGAGCGUGAGAGAGAAGGAUAGAGACAGACAUUAGCGGGCGGCUGAUUACACGCCCUGUGUGUGUGUAACAGGCCCCCAUGAGGAGGCUUUGCUGGGCUCGUCUGGGACAGGAUGGGCAUCCCCAGAGGAGCUAUCGGAUCAGACCUACCAGGCACAGCAUUUCGAGCGGCUGGCCCAACUUUGCAUCGUGAGUAAAAGGUACGUAGAGUUAACAAGAAUAACGCAAAUGUCCUCUCUUUCAAUAAGGGCAGUGCUGUUUAGUACUGUUGGUCUUCCUCUCAUUAAAUGAGACGUCUUUGCUGUUUCUGUUCUGCUGACCUUUCUGAACUUGUGUUGGUAAUUUCUGGGUUUCAAGUAAGGAUGGGAUGAGAAAGUAGAUAAGAGAAUUAUGCCUGAUAUAGAUAGCAUAAUAUAUAGACUGAUACUGUAGGUGUUGUUGUUUGCUGUUAAAGGCUCCAAAAUGCUGUAGUUAUAUUUAUUAGAUGCUGUACUUUGAUAUUUUGGCUAGCUCUGUUCCCCAGUUAUUGCUUUUGAAAGGAUGUAUGAGUGUAUAAUAUCUUUACAAGAUGAAAAACAGUGAUAUUAUUAAUCAGGCAUGAGGCUAUCUCACUGAGGAAUUGUUUGCAUUCUGUAGUUUAAAUUGGACAUUUCUGAAAUUGUUUCCCCCGAUUGUUAGGGGAAGACGGGUUAUAUAUGCUUAUAGUGCUUUGAAAAUAUGGCGUCAGGGUGAAAAUGUAGUGUUUGCAUCUGUGGCCCUCAUGCAAAAACCACUGAGUUGAAUUUACCUGUGUAGGUGGAGAAAAGGGACACCAUCCGUAAUGGGAGUUUCAAGUGUUACCAGAACACAUUGAUCCAAUGUCCUUGAUCCUAGGCCACAAAGACAGGAACAUCCACAUGUAUUUGCCCCUCUUGUCAUUGGUUGGAAGAUUAGAGUAUUUAGCCUGAUUUGCUUGAGAGGGUGGAAGGGGGGAACAGGUAUCCUGACAACUCACGCUGAAUUAUUCCACUGCUCUGUCGUUCGCUACAUAUUUUAGUCUGAGACUGCCGUCAUUGAAGUCGUUUGUGGUGAUGAGGGGCACGAGGAGUGUUGUUCAAAACAAAGUCAUCAGCGAUUAGAUCGUCUCUAACCAAUCAGAGUAUCAAAGCCAAUGACACAUUUUCAAACCACCGCUUUACCGUGUUCUGGCUCUGGCCUAAACAAUCGGUUUCUGGACCAAUCAGAUGGCCCCGAAUGUGUUCACAUUCGGUAACCUAACCUAGCAGGUAUAAAAAGACGGCUGAGUGGAGUCCCCACAUCCAUUUUGCAGGGGAAACGGAAGUUAGGUUGAAAAUACUGUAUCCCUGAAAACCGGAAACAUCUGCUUUCUUGGUUUCUGCUGUUUGAUCUCUCAUUCUUGUACUAUACUUUUAGUUUAGGGUUUCUCUAGUAUUAUGCUUUUAGCCCUAAUGUUUGAAAGAAACAUGAAAUGUACAAAAUGCCCCAAAUUCAUCCACCCAUUAGAGGCUUCCCAAUCCAAUGGACUUGUUUGGGUGCAAUAUUUUAUUUACAGGGUUUUAGAAGACUAUGAAAAUAAAACAUUUAGGUGAACUCAUCCUACUACAUCACUGGAGCUUGGGGGCAGUUUGGAAUUGGGAGGAUGUCAGCCUCUCCAUCUUUACUGGGUCAUAGUCAUUUUUGUAGGUGUUUAUGAAAAGUCUAUGAGAUUAACAUUAACCUUGGACACUGACGGAGUAAUGAGGACUACCAAGAGAUAACUGGAAGAGAUGGACAGGAACUUUCUUUUGACUCAUAUAACUGUCUUUAGUAGUCAGUGCUAAGUCAAUGCCAGCCCCCGUCUUCUCUCCUGGACAGGACGUUAUCGUGCUUCCUGAAUCUUUCAGCGCUGUGGCAGGAAGUACUUCGGCCGUUGAAGGGCUUUGCUGUACUUUGGCGAUCGGAUGUCCUCAAAUUACGUUCUAAAACAGUGCAAACAGACACCUGGCCAUUACUAAUUGAAGGGAACCAUGGUUUUAGAACAGCGAUCGUGACAUCUGCCACACUACACAGGGCUUGCUCUACAUCUAUGGGCACACGUAAGGGCCGGAAUCUGUCGUGCCAUGCUAUGCCCACCUAGCUCCGUGCCAGAGCGGAAUAGCUGUGGAAGGGUGCACAGUAAACCAACCUGUGGGGGCCAUGGCAAAAUGGAUAAUAAAAUGUAUUUUAUAUGUCCCUAAAGUACAUGUUUGUUUGAGGUUGCUUUCUAUGGGUUGGAGGUUGUUGUUUUAAUUGGUGUUGGUUGUUUGUCUGGAAUUUCUAUUGUUGGUUUUAGUUUAUUUAUCAACCGUUAGUGGUCACAUAAAAUGUCUCAUGGGCUGCUUGUAACAGGAAGGACUGUGAACUAUUGACACAGCCCACUGGGAAAAAACUUGUUGCAUCAAUGUUGUUUCCACGUCAUUUCAACAACAAAAUUCAAUCUGAUGACGUUGAAUCAACAUGGAAAACGGAUUUGAUUUGCAAAAAGUCAUCAACAUAAGGGAAUUUCAUAUUUUUUUCGCCCCCCUUUAACCUAAAUCCAAUGACAUGGUGAAAUGUUUUGAUGAUUUCACAUUGAAUUCACGAUAGUUGAAAUCUCAACCAAAUGUAAAUCAAAACUAGACAUUGAAAUGACGUCUGUGCCCAGUGGGAGUAAUAAUCCAUAAAAUGUUAAUUAUCUUGUGUUCCUGUCCUUUAUUUUAGACCUCAUCUCGCUUUAGAGUACAGUGGGAAAGCCACUAAGAUCCAUCAGAGGGCCUUUGGCAACAACCACCCCAUCACAGACAGGAGUCUGGAGCUGCUGGCCACCGUCUACGCAGAGAUCGGCAAGACAGAAUACUCAGGUAAAACCCAUAACACUUUAAAGGCCAUUGUCAUGCUGAAAUAAACAUAGAUGAAUACUUACAGUAGGUUAACUCAAUAGUCCUGAGUGUUCCACCAUGGCUUAGUGUGUCAGCAUGUUCUUCUCAGUGUGACAGGCGAGCACAGGCCGUGGAGAGUUUAUAGUUGACAGCUUGUAGUUAAACUGGACCCUGAGAGGGAAUUUAGUGUAGACCUUGUCACCAGGUUGACAUAAAGCACUAUCUUGUGGCAUGACAAACCGGAAAACAGCUGUUAAGCCCAAUAACAACUUAACUGCUUUGCUUCAGCGCACACAUUGCACUGUAAGUGGCUUACAGAAUUCCAGUUAGCCCUCCUACUGUAUGAUGUCUGCUCAAAGAAAUGUUAAAUUAAGAAACACACACACUUAGAGGAGUUUUAUAUAGAGCUGAACAGAAAAUACUUAUUGUGAAAUUGACAGUUUGAGGCCACUGUAUUGGUGUGCUCAUGCGUCACUUGUGUGAAAAGGAAGAUGCAUUUUCUAUUGUUUUCCAAAGUUGCCGUUUUUAGGGUAGAGAGGUCUGCUGAAGAAGGCACAGGGUAAAAUGUGCCCUAGAUGUUGAGAUCAGUUGUUGAGUCAGCGCUCACAGACAGGGGUGCUCAGUAGAGCAGGAUAUGUGUAGGACCUGGGGUGCGAAGACAACGGUUCACAUUGUACGUUCCUAUUCAUGCCAGUUGACCUUCUUGGCCAUAUCCUUGGUAAAAUGAAUGUCAAUAAGUACAGAAAACAGCUGAAGCAUGGACACAGUUUGUCCUUGCAAUGUAAGCCAGGUCACUGUCAGGGUACACAUUUAAUUAAUGUGUUUCUGUUUGCUCUCUGUGUAACCUCAACUUUCUUUUGUAUGCAAAGCAUGAUUUCUUUGUGACCUAAAAUGGCUGUCAUAGAGUUGUCAUUGUGGGUGUGUGCUGCACAACAUUUAUUGAUAGUUGGACAGUCUACAUGUUGCAUAUUCAGUCUAUUGCACAUCUAUCAUAAUACAAAGCCAGUGCAGUGCUUUUGUGAUCUGGAAAUGUGUGUGUUGUAAGUACCCAUUGCACUGUAACUGUGCAUAUAGUAAAUGGCCAUGAUGGAGCCAACACUGAUGUUUUUCACAGAAAUGUUUGUUUUUGUAUUUUGAACUUUAAUCUUCAGCUCUAUCUACACAGUAGCUGUCUGCAUGUUUACUGGUACCUUGGAUCCAGGUUCCAUCGGUAGUCAGAGACUAAUGUUUACUCAUGGUUAACCCCUUAGACUCCCUGGGCCAGUGUGUGUCAGCGCUUUCCAAGAGGUUUGCUGCUGCCGAGUCCUUCAGAGACACACUCAACAACGGUCUUCCCCAUUCCCACUCCCAUUCCCAUUCCCACCGGGAUAAACGCUCCGAGGUCCGGCACAGGAAAGACCCCCGCCCACUGGAGGACACACCAAAACCCAAGGUGACACUCUAUUUUCAAGAAGAAUACUUUUUUUAAAUGACUGAAAUGUCCUCAAAACUGAUGUCCAUUGUGUCCUCACUUCUAAAGAUAUCUCACCCUCUCCUCAGGUCACUAACGCUAAAAUCCCCAUGUCCAUACUGAAGAGGUCUGGCUCAGGAUCAGACUCAGAGCCCAGCCAUAGACGGAAAGGCGAGCGGCGGGUCCGGUUCAGGGAGCCUGAAACCACUGUGCAUGGUGAGAGAGACAUCAGGAUAAGAGAUCAAACAUAUGGAGGCCAUGAGGACUAGAUCUUUCCGAACUUUAAAAGUUUGAGCCCAUUCAGUGCAUGUAACGAUCCGAGGAGAGAUGACGUGUUGCCCUCUGGUGCAUUCUCACCUCUACCCAGUCACUCUCACUCCUCUCUACUGCACUGGAAGGCCCUGGUCUGCGGAAACACAUUAACAGUUGAAGUCGGAAGUCUACAUACACUUAGGUUGGAGUCAUUAAAACUAAUUUUUCAACCACUCCACAAAUUUCUUGUUAACAAACUAUAGUUUUGGCAAGUUGGUUAGGACAUCUACUUUGUGCAUGACACAAGUAAUUUUUCCAACAAUUGUUUACAGACAGAUUAUUUCACUUAUAAUUCACUGUAUCCCAAUUCCAGUGGGUCAGAAAAUGAAUUUACAUACACUAAGUUGACUGUGACUUUAAACAGCUUGGAAAAUUCCAGAAAAUGAUUUCAUGGCUUUAGAAGCUUCUGAUAGGCUAAUUGACAUCAUUUGAGUCAAUUGGAAGUGUACCUGUGGAUGUAUUUCAAGGCCUACCUUCAAACUCAGUGCCUCUUUGCUUGACAUCAUAUAGACCUCCACAAGUCUGGUUCAUCCUUGGGAGCAAUUUCCAAACGCCUGAAGGUACCACGUUAAUCUGUACAAACAAUAGUAUGCAAGUAUAAACACUAUGGGACCACGCAGCCGUCAUACUGCUCAGGAAGGAGACGCGUUCUGUCUCCUAGAGAUGAACGUACUUUGGUGCGAAAAGUGCAAAUCAAUCCCAGAACAACAGCAAAGGACCUUGUGAAGAUGCUGGAGGAAACAGGUACAAAAGUAUCUAUAUCCACAGUAAAACGAGUCCUAUAUCGACAUAACCUGAAAGGACGCUCAGCAAGGAAGAAGCCACUACUCCAAAACCGCCAUAUGGACAAUGACCCCAAGCAUACUUCCAAAGUUGUGGCAAAAUGGCUUAAGGACAACAAAGUCAAGGUAUUGGAGUGGCCAUCACAAAGCCCUGACCUCAAUCAUAUAGAACAUUUAGGAGCAGAACUGAAAAAGCGUGUGCGAGCAAGGAGGCCUACAAACCUGAAUCAGUUACACCAGCUCUGUCAGGAGGAAUGGGCCAAAAUUCACCCAACUUAUUGUGGGAAGCUUGUGGAAGGCUUGACACAAGUUAAACAAUUUAAAGGCAAUGCUACCAAAUACUAAUUGAGUGAAUGUAAACUUCUGACCCACUGGGAAUGUGAUGAAAUAAAUAAAAGCUGAAAUAAAUAAUUAUCUCUACUAUUAUUCUGACAUUUCAGAUUCUUAAAAUAAAGUGGUGAUCCUAACUGACCUAAGACAGGGAAUUUCUACUAGGAUUAAAUGUCAGGAAUUGUGAAAAACUGAGUUUAACUGUAGCUGAGGUGUAUGUAAACUUCCGACUUCAACUGUAUCAUUGGACUGACUCAGCUCUAUUCCACUGGGUUUUAGAGAAAUAAACACUCACUAUAUCAAAAUGUAUAAAACAAUGCUUAGUAAUACAUUGGUGAGAUAUACUGCUAAAUCUACUGUUCUCCUAAUUCUCUAUGGGGCACUACUAUUGAACCUCACAAAGGGAUCUGCGUUGUUAUGGCUUAGCUGUAAAAGAAAAUGAACAAGAUACAGUUGAAUCCUGUGAUUAGAUCGUGAAACACUGUCCCUUGAGGAUACUGUAGUAUUUAAUGUAACGCUGAAUUUACAAAAAUAACAAACAUGAGCAAGCUAUUUACACUUCAUGAUUAAUUAUGCAUGCAAAUGAGGCAGCCUUUUAUUUAUUUAUUUACUUGCUUCUUGUCUAUCGGUUUCGCAGACAUUCCAUACUAUGACCGUUUAGUUGGUAAGUCUGUCUGACAGUGGUCCCAAUUAUUAACUCACUAAGAGCAUGGAGCAAGUGUCACCCUCAUUGACUGGUCAUUAGUGACUUGUUAUACUAAAUCUGUGUAGGGAAGACUGUUGUGUGGUGCUUAAUAUGAGAAUAUGCAAUCAUAGACAUUUUAAUAUUGCACUGUGAUGCAUGGGUAUUCCUCCCUCAAUUGUACCCACUUUUGAUAUUGCAUAUUCCAGUUCAGUAUCUGGUGUAUGGCACUUUUUAUACUGGUAAUAAAGAGACAACCAAAAAACUGAAAAUCAGGCCUUUAGCUACAAUGGGGUGGAGAAAGGUCAUUUUGGCAUCAGGAAGACGACAUGCCCCUCCCUCCUGAACGUGCAGACUGGAUGAGCCUUUACAAAUCAUAAAUCAUUCAACAGUUUGUUGUUGGUCUCUUUUGGUUCACAGCCUAUGACACAUCACCGCCCCGCCCCCACCUGGCCCUGUUCACCUGCCUGUUCCUGCUGAUGUCACUGCUGGGCGUGGCCAUGUUCUGCACAGAGCGCCGGCGCCCACAGCGUGUUUGUGAGGAGCUGGAGGCCUUGCUGGCUGUCUACCUGAUACACAUAAAACAGCUGCUGUGGGGCUGCUGGAUCUGGAUAACCAUGCAGUGACUGGGACCCACCAGAGGGGGAGACGUGGAGGACUGCAUUCACUCUCUUCAUUACAUGUCCCUUGAGGUGCCCUACCUUGCCUGGUCCACGAGCACCUCAGUCAUACACACUGACUAUCUAUCUAUGGUGUUGAGAUGUGCACCCCUACUGCUAUGCUCACACCCAUAUAUGGAGAAAUGUGUAAUCCCAGAGAUAUUUAGCCUCCAUGCCUGCAUACUGUAUGUACUUAGGUGGUGGGUUUGCUGCCAUGUUCGUUUUGUUGAUAAGACGUUUUGCACAUCAGCAAUGUCGACGCUCACUGGUUAUGAUCACUUAAUCGCUACAAUAAUUUACAUUUUCCAUUCUUGACACAAUCUAUUGUGACUGUAUGUUUCAUGGAAUGCCAAAUUAAUUGUAUUUAUUUAAUUACAAUACUACGUCAUUUGUGUACUUAAAAGCUAACUACAGAUAUGAAUGUGUAUAUACCGUAUACUAAGGACUAUCACAAUAUUACGCCUUGUUAUUGCACAUAAUUGAAUGUAUAAAGUGUGAAAAACUGCUUUGAGUUGGCACAAAACACCCUUACCGUCUAAGAUAAGGAUUAUGGAUUGAGUCCAGCACAAUGUGACCACCUUUUGAAAAGGAUUGCUGAAACAGGCACGGGACUGCUUCACUUCACAGUGCCAGGUUGAACUAGCAAAUUGACAACACCAUCUUUCUUUUACAGCAUAAAUACUGCAGUCCAGCGUUUCCCAAUCUACACAGAUUAUUCAAAUGAUCAAAGCUUGAUGAUUAGUUGAUUAUUUGAAUCAGCUGUGUAGCGCUUGGGCAAAAACCAAAAUGUGCACCCCUUGGGAUCCCGAUGACCGAGUUUGGAAAACCCUGCUGUAGUCUGACCAUUUUUAGGUCAGAUCAAUGUUGGGUUCCCAGUUGGACAAAGAUGAGAAAACCUUCAACACAAUAAUAUGAAUAGUCUCUUUCCUGGGAAUGUACUCAAAUUCAAUGAGUGCUUAUGAUGUUGACAGUGUACCUCUUGGUAAAUGCUAAAAUGCCUCAAGUAAUAUCCUCUAUCCUCUAAAUGUUAUUUAUUCUUCCAUACUGCGUAUCUACAUCUACUCAAAUAUCAAGUACUUUUAUUUUCUUUAGAAUACAUUUUGUAAGGGCUUUUGUUACAUUUCUAUUUUUUGAUUGCGCCGAUAUUCAGGUUUUAAUCUUGAUGUCAAAUGGUUUUAAAGUUUAGGAUUAUUUGGGAAUUGAAAAGUACUUCAAAUUAGAGCAAAUGUUAAUGAUGCAAAGUAAAGAAAGGAAUCUACAUUACAUUUACGGUCCAAUUUGCAGCAACAUUAUGACACUAAUUGAAUCUUCACUGUGGGACCUUCAGUAAUUGGAACCAUUCAAAUAUAGAAAUUAAAGUCUCUUCUAUAAAUGGGUCGAGCUUUAAAGGACAAUGUGAUGCUUAUCAUAUACCUCUCAAUCCGAGCAAUAAAACACAAGACAUUGUUUCCAUUAAUACAUAUUCUUUAUACAGUAUAACAGGUUUCAGGGAACACAACUAUAAGAAAGAGUUGGUGUUGGAAAAAUCUGAGCAAUACGAUGCAACCAAAGUCUGAAUGGAGGAGCUACUGAGACUGAAGGUUCCCUUUGCACAAUCAAACGGAACUACUGUCAUUAGCAAUACAAAUACCCAGCAAGUCAACAUGGCCUGUUUCUGCACAUUUUGGUUAGUAGCUGCAUUUCACUGCUGACAAUAUGUAUGUGGUCACUUUGAAAGAAGUGCCUUUUAGAAGGAUUUUAUAGUUUCUAUGGUUUUGUUAUUUAUUUGAAUUAUUUUAAAUAAAACUGUCAUUGCAUACCAAAGUCAGUGAGGAUGGUGAGUGGUGAGUAGUGUGUGUGUGUGUGCA